CCGGGUAUAUAAGAGGGAGGACUUGCCUCUCCUGCCAUAACCCGUCGCUCCACACCUCUAACUGCGUCGUUUGACAGCCUACCGUCGCUUCAUCUACCAUUACCCACCACCACGAUGAUAGGCCUAGUUGUGCUUGCUGUUGUGGCGGCAGCGGCGUCUGCCUCGCCCCUGGCCCAAGGCGGCCGCGACGUCUACAUCAGGGAUUCAUCAGAGGAGAUCAGAUGGCGUAGGGCCGCGGCCCCAACAGCCUUGGGGUCCGGACUCAUCAAGAGCGCCUUCAAGCCUGGCACCCUCCCAUACAACAUUGUUCUGGACAGCCCUGAGGACCUGGUCUACAUCCUGAAUCAAAACAACAACCCGCAGACCCGAAGUGAACGGGUCAACACCCUCACCCAAGUGCUCAACACCGGUGUGGCCGACAUCUCCCUCGACGAUCUCCACCACUACCCUGGUCUGAGGACCGCCAUCGUGCAAGGAGACGGAAAGCUCCUCGUCAACCACUCCGGUGAAGUGGUCUACCGCCCCGGACCUCCAAAACCAGCGCAGAAGGCGAGAACGGGAGUCCAAGUUGCCAAGAAGUAAUCAACCAUCUCCGAGAACUGUCUGCUGGGGGAGAACUUGAAGGUCGGGUUCUAAGGUCCCAAACAAGCUGAGGACCUUUGCGACGCGCGGAGUUUCGCACCAACAGCAGGGGCGACUGUGGCAUCUUCAAGAGUACUUCGACUCCCCAGGGAUUGUUAGGAAACUGCCAUAUCCCUCAAUGACCUUUCUCCCGUUCCUCCCUUACUCUUUCCAUAUAUCUUUAUUGCUUGAUCGAAGAUGUUCUGAAGUGACAUAAUAAACAAACUUCUUUUUUAAACUUC